CCAAGUACACCGUAUGAUGUAUCCCACCGAGAAAAUUCAACCAUUUUCCUGUGUGACAAAUUCCCAAAUAAAGACUUGUCACCAGCAUGUGUCCAAAUUGAUACAGUACAACCUACCUAAUCCCUGGUUGAGUCUCUAAUGAGAAGAAUCAACAUAGUCUGGAUCUCCUUGACCAAACCAAUUUUCUGGAACUCUAACAUCCUUACGCCAGGACUCUGCAUGAUUUAUGCUUGAUCGACGUAUGACCCAGUUGUGCCAGUCAGUUAUUCUAUAAUAUGAAAAGAAAGAUAGAAUCUAUCUCGUCAAGAGUAUUAUCAAACACUGAAAUGAAUUGUCUGGUUGUUUCCACUCAAUAGUGGAUUUGAAGCCAAAAUUUAGUAGAGAAGUGUAGGGUGUAGACAUGAUGAAAAGAAAUGGUCUGAUGUUGCAUUCAGGGAAUGGUGAUUGCAUUUUCUUUCAUAUGUGCAACCUACACCUACAGGACAGUCAUCUUCAUUGAAUACGUAGAGCUUCGAUGCAAGCAGUGACUGAAAUAGAAUUCUGCAGUCAAUGAUCCAAGAGACAUUGAAAGCUUUUUCUAUAUGUUUGACUUUUGACGGAUAACAGAUGAUUGGAUAGUUCCCGCUUCUCAUUGAAAAGAAUGCUAGGCGGUAGUUUUCAAUAUGGCGUGCUCUUGAUGACUAGUGUAUAUGUAUAACGAACGUCGCUGGACGUGUGUUACGCAGGGUGCUUCUAAGACAGAAUCAUUCUUUAUUUUUAUUGAUUGUCAUUAAUUAUUUAGUCGAAGACAGCAGAAUAUUAGGGUUGUCGUUUAAAUUAGUCAAGUGCUUAAAAAAAGGACGUUGGUGAGUACGUGUCUCAAACAUUGGUGAAAACUGACGGCUGUGGGCAUAACCUUGCCGACGAGAACUCAGGAGCAGAAAGGGUGAUGAAAACAGAUCAGAAAGUAGGAAAUACAAAGUGUUUGGAUUGAAAGAAUAACGGCACAUAACUUGCAAAUAAUUUCAAUGGAGUCGUACCCAAUGGAGUAUCUAUACGUAUAUCAAUAAGCCACUGAAACGUAUCUAAUGUCUGACCCUGUGGAAUAUUUGAUAAUCAAAUCUGUAAGUUGCUCAGGUAAAGUUCACGGUCAAUGAACAGUCACAAUGAUUUAGGCGAUUAUAACUAUGUGAAGUUCAUUGGCAAGUUACCGCACAAGAUUACGAUCGACGAUAUGAUUUCAACUAGCAAUUUUAUACUGUAGAACAUAAGUUGUUGACUUUAGAACAGUCCUGAAAGGAUCUAACGUACAGCGAGUUGGCUCUGGAUAUUCACCGCCAUGUUUAGCUUCGAAGGUGACUAUAGGCGCAAACCUCAACAAAAUUUGGCUGGCGCUAGUCGUAGAGAUGAAAAAGCUGCACUCCUGCAACAUGCUCAAUUGGAACGUUUGAAACGUGAACAACAACGUCAGAGACACGAUGCUGCUCUUAAAAUACAAGCUCAAAUCCGUCAGUUUGUCGCCAGACAAUUAAAACGUAAGCACGAAAGGCAAAAUUUCGACAAGGCUCAGCAGUUGUUGGCAAACAAGCAGCCAAGUUUGGAAGAAAUCAUUCCCUUGCUGAAAAGAUUAUUAUAUUUCUUUGACAAGGCCUUGGAUGCCGCCAGAUUAAUAUGGGUACUCAGGCAUGUCCUGAAGCACCAUGAGAAAAUAAAGCAAUUAACCAGUACCUCUGCUGAAUGGUCAUGGCGAUUACGCUGGAUUCUCAGAUUAUCGAUGCGGCAAAUAGCUGACAUGGUUUCUGCAGAACAGUCUCGUUCCAUGGCCGUGCCUCUCCGAGUACUGGAGGUAUUCACAGAUAAAGAAAAUAAUGAAAGGAUUCUGAAAGAAGGAAGCAACCCCCAUUUGCUUGGUAUAUUCGUUUACUUGUCGAAGAACAGAUACUUUGUACAAUUGAGAAAGUUGCUCGACGAAAAAAUACCGCCGUUGUUAGAAGCAUCUCCUGUACCACCGACCCCGAUGGCCGCAUGUCUCUUGGACAUGCUCAAACGACCUCUUAGACUUAUUUACAACAUGGAAAAUAACAACGAAUCUUCAAUUAUAAUACUUGAGGAGUUUUGUCGCAACAUCCUUAUGCCGCGGAUGUCGGACCCAAUAAAAAUGCUCGUUCUGCCCGCUUUGUCGACGUUCCACGAGCUUCCUUACAGACAAUUGAUCGAUUGCAUCAACAGGCUUGCCAGCGAACCAACGCUCUGCCUACUUUAUGGUGUACUGUCGUUAGAACCACAGGGAUUUGAGCCUGGCAAAUCACGAGACACACUGACCAACUAUCUUCAAGUCCUGGCCUCGCUGAGCUCGACGAUAACCCCGUCACCUGCGGAGCAAUGCCUCACAUUUACCGAGGAAUCAGAUAGCGACGAGGACACGGAUAUGACGGAUCAGGGUGAGGCUGACAUUCUCCAGCGAUGUAUAGAGAUGUUGAACGCCGAGAAUCGCGUGCAUGGCAUACUGAUGGCUGUGGACCAAAGCGAGGAUCCUCUCGUACUCCGUGCCCUUUGCCAGCUUUGCCACAAUCUUUUGAUAACCAAUAAGCUGGCCGUGCCCAAGUACAAGCUACUGUACAUGCUCGCGUUCAAACCUUCGUUCCUUCGACACCUUUGGACCGCUCUACUCUCAGUCUCUCAGACGUCUUUAUUCGGAGGCACAACCCCCCUUGUACAGGUGGUAUCGCGUGGCAUAGCUUUAAACGCUGAGGAUACGAAGAACAUCGUGUCGCUUCUCGCCGUUUUUUGCUCACUGUUUAGCCUGUUGAUCGCUACGCUCCACGACACAGAGUUCUUCAACGACGGAAUCGAGGUUGGCGCGACAAUGCCUGGGUCGGUUCAACAAACAAUGCCCUUUACUACCGCGGAUCUGGUGCCACUGUCUGCUCACUUGAAGGGCAUCUGCCUGGGCUUGGUGGAGCUCGCCUUCCCCGAUACGAGACCAACGGUACGGGAUGAUUACAAGACCGCGGUACUCGGGGCUUCCUCGACCGGACACAAUCAACAAAACACGCAAAUGUGGGCACAUUUGUUCAAAGUCACAGUCGGUCUGCUCCGGCAGCUUCACACGCGCGAUCUCAGGAAACAAUUCUGCCCCGAGGGUCAUUGGAUAGCUUCCAACAUCGUCAUACCCUUGGACAAGCCCCAAGACUUCACCUUUCGCCGGCGCAGGCUGCGAGGCUACGUGCCCUUCCAAGGUUUGAGGUCGUUCACCCGCGAGGAUCUUGAAGAGGGCCCACCAUGGUCAACGAAAGAGGUGCGGACGCUCACCUUGCUGCGAGAGAUACCAUUCGUCGUGCCUUUCAACGAUCGCGUAGUCGUGUUUCAAUCGCUCUUGAAUCACGACAAGGAGGAACAGCAAGGAGAAUGGACAAAUUUCAUGCGCGGUCCUUACAUACAGAUAGCAGUCAGACGAAACUACCUCUACGAAGACGCGUUCGACAAGCUAUCUCCGGAGAACGAGUCCGAGCUGAGGUUGAAAAUGAGGGUGCAGUUGGUGAAUACCGCUGGUCUCGAGGAAGCUGGCGUCGAUGGGGGAGGUCUCUUCCGCGAAUUUCUUUCAGAGUUACUGAAAACUAGUUUUGAUCCGAAUCGCGGAUUCUUCCGACUCACGAAGGACAACAUGUUGUAUCCAAAUCCGACGGUACAUCUCCUCGUCGACGAUUUCCCGAAACAUUACUACUUCAUAGGUCGCAUUCUGGGCAAAGCACUCUACGAAAAUCUACUCGUUGAGUUGCCGUUUGCGGAGUUCUUUCUCUCUAAGAUCGUCGGCAGGCAAGCCGAUGUCGAUGUUCACCACCUGGCAUCCCUCGACCCUAUAAUGUACCGGAACUUAUUGUAUCUCAAGAGUUACCAGGGCGAUGUAACCGAGUUGGGGCUGGAUUUCACGGUGUUGUCCGACGAGCUCGGGGAGAGACGAGUCGAUGAAUUGAAACCUGGAGGUGCCAACAUCACGGUGACCUCCCACAACCGAAUCGAAUACAUUCAUCUGAUGGCCGAUUACAAAUUGAACAAGCAAAUACGUGCACAGUGUUAUGCGUUCAAGCAGGGAAUCAGCAACGUCGUAUCGCUCGAUUGGCUACAAAUGUUCAACAACAAGGAGCUCCAGGUGCUGAUAUCUGGUGCUCAGAUACCGGUUGAUGUCCACGACCUUAAGCUACACACAAAUUACACCGGAGGAUAUGGCCCCGAUCAUCCAACAAUAACUACCUUUUGGAAAAUCGUUGACGAGUUCACCGAUCAACAAAGGAGUCAGCUACUCAAAUUUGUUACCAGCUGUAGCAGACCGCCGCUCCUGGGAUUUAAGGAGCUGGACCCCCCUUUCUGCAUUCAGCACGCGGGUAGCGUCGAUCGUUUGCCUACUUCGAGCACCUGCAUGAACCUCUUGAAACUUCCGGAAUUCCCGGACGAAAAAACUCUCAGAGAAAAGCUUCUCUACGCAAUACAAGCGGGUGCGGGAUUCGAACUUAGCUAAGUUACCAAUUGAAUCCGCUGAAGCCGUGACGUUGGUUCACUCCUCCUUGAUUAAAAAAAGAAAAAAAUCAACCCACGCGACGAUAAUCGCAAUGUACUCGACUUUGCAAAUGGUCCUUGGUGAUAUUUCGAGUGCCUAGAAGUGUGAGGAAGAUUGCGGGCUGUGGGGAUGGGAUCAAGUCACUCCGCACUCAUUCGGCAAAGCGCAUAUCGUUGAUAGAGACGAUAACUCUGAUUUGGCGAUUGUGAUAACGCAACAUAAAAACUGUCAUCGUUAUGGAUUGGAAGUUACAAUGUAAUGAAAGAGUUGCGUGACACACGAUGGGAGCACAUACCUGUGUACGCUAUACUCUAGAUGCGGGAUAAGGAUGGUACUCGUAAAGAAAAUCGAUAAUUUUGAUUCGUUAAAACUCGUCGAUUUACAUCUAUAAUUAAUCCAUGUAGAAGAAUGCCUCACGAUAUCGAUCAGCUUGUGUCUACGUGAAUUAUCAUUGCAUCGAAAGAAAAUUUUCAAGUUUCAACUGAUCGCAGGAAUCGUGUGGUAUUUGUAAUGUGUAAUUAACAAUGUACGUACAUGCAUGAAUAUUUAUUGAUUGAGAAAAAUCGGUAGUGGGGAAACAAGAGUCUGGCAGGUCAUCCACUGGGGUCGCAGCAGCGAACAACCAAUGUUGCCACACAGGCAAUGUCAUACAAUUGAUAUUGCAUCGAGGGGCCAACUACUUACAAUUAGGAUACGUUAGACAAUGUGUCUGCAAUAAAUGAUAAGUGGGUAUAACUAUUAUAGGUGUGUAUUUGUAUAAUAAGUAGAGUCUGGUAAAUUAGCCGUUGAGUGUUAAUAAUUCAAAUUAAAACUGGGAUUCCAUACCAAACGAGUUUAGUAUGGUGUCAUAUUAUUAUGACAGGUACACCGGUAUCCGUACCGUACGGUCUACCUACCUACCUAAAUACCUGCCUAUCAAUCAUCCAUGCUAUACAAGUAUACCUAUACAAUAUCUAUAUUUUUUUGUUACAGUUACGGCCCUGGCGUCUGUAUAUUGUGUAUAUUUGAAGUUUAUAUCUGCCUGUCAAUGUAUCAAAUGUAUGUAUGCGAGAACGUAUUUAUGUAGAUGAUAAUAAAAUAAUGUAAAUACAACUCA